UUUGUAGUCUUACAUUCGCCACAGAAGUUACAAGUUCACAGUUUAGUUAAAAGCCUUGUCGUCAUUGUUUUUGUUGGAUCGGUACACGAAUAGCUCAGAUGUCUUAUUCGCCAACUGCUCCAACUUACGUAAGUCGACUGGAUCCCCAGUUUCGUCGUUUCGUCAACGUUGUCUACCAUGAGUCGCCCACAUCGAGUAUGAACGACUUGAGUGAGGGAACGACGGAAUCCUUGAAGUCUGGUUCGUUUUCAGAGAAAUCUCCAGAAUUUAUCGCUGUUGACGCAUAUGUCGAUGAUGGUUCUUCUAGAAUUCAGGGUCAGCGAGAGGUUUCUGAAUUUUAUCUGGAGUACGUUAAUGUUCUUAGCAGCGGUAGCGAAACGUCAUUUACGAGUGAUGACAAGGAAAUUGCCAAAUCAUGGCGGGAAAGUCCAAGUCUUUCCAGUAACUCCGAACAACGCUACAACCGAGAUAGAAUUCCAAGCCAUUUUUCUCCAGAAGAUUCAGUGUUUUUGAGUGAUAGAUGUCAAGAAAGUUUAUACGAAGAAAAUGAGGUUAAUCCCUAUUUGCAUAACAUAUCAGGCACGAAAAGACUCAGUGAUUCAAAUCCCCCGACCUUUCGAUCCUUUUCAAGUGAAGCCGUCUCAAAAGGAAGUUACAGAUACCAAAAGGAUGUAGAACGUUUUCGGGAACAUCUGGAAGGCAUCGAAACUUCUGCCCUAUCGAGCUGUAAUCAGGAGAAGGAUAAUAUUAACUCAGACCCCUGGUUUCGUGGUCAAGAGGUCAAUUCGGACGGUCUACAAAACACGUCACGCAGAAUACAUGACAGCUUGGAUGAUUUGUUUUCGGAAGAUUCAGAAUUGUGUGACAGCUCGGAAGUUGUUGAAGAUGGCUAUUCAUCCACAAGCAGUGCUGACAGUAGUUUUGUGCGCUUCGCACUCGUUGGAAAACGGGGGAGCCAAAGAAUGAAGAGAAACGUUCCCACCAGGGUCAACAAGAUGGAUCGUAAAAAAAAGCACAGCAGCGACCCAUCUCGAGAGAGAAGAGAAUCUGGAGGAAAAGAAGGCGACGAAGGAGUUAUGGCUUGUGUGGUUUCAGGAAUUUCUGGUGGACCUGCUGUCAGAGUGUUUCGGAAUGAAGUUUCGCAGCAAACGUAUCCUAGAUCGAGGAGGCGUGAAGUACGGUAUCCACGAGAUUUGGAAGAAGCUCUGACUCGUCGAGAUGAAACGAAAAGUGCUGGGAGUGAGAACAAUGACUCGGAGGGGACACGAGCCCAAAACAAAAGAAGCAAUGAGAGUGGCCGUAGGAUCGUAUUUGGAGUGUUUAGAACUCAAGGAAAUCCUCCUAGCGUUGAUCGAGAAAGUGGAAGAAGCUGCGAUACAAAAAAGCUUCAUCCUAAUCGAGGAAAUUCCAUUCAUAACAUGGAGAACUUCACUGAUCAUGACGGCCGUUUGCCAGCCUUCGACGGAAACAAACGUUUUACCCAAGAUCUUCUCUCUCUAACGGCAAGUCGCAAUGAUGGUGGUGGUGAAAAUGAUGGCUACUUUUCCGCGGAAGAUGGGAUGAAUGCCUUUUCUCGGUCAAAGAAAGUCACUCCGGCAAGCGGCGUCUGGAAACGGAUGUCGACUAAUGCAGGAAACGAGUUUCGUACAGCUGACGAACGAGUAAAGCAGAAACAGCGGGAAAAUGCGAAAAGAGAUGACCAAGACUUACUUGCACAUUCAAUGACGGGAUCGCUCACUAGUGGAAAAGAUGAACGAGGCACCGCUUUAGAGUCGCACCUAUCAGGCUUUAUAGAACGACCGAUCGAUGUAAGUGUUAGGGCCAUAAGUAGGACCCCGAAAGUCCGAAGACCACGGAGAAAGCCAAGUGAAGUAGAGCAACAGGGUUUGCGUAACGAAAACGACAGGAUGAAAGAUUCAAAGUUUCUGUCAAAAGAAAUGCAUGCAAGCUAUCUGGAAAGGCAACACGGAUUGAAAGACGGAAGAUUAAGAGACCAGUCCGAGGUACAUAGAGAUGACUUUAUCAAUAUUCAGGAACCCUCUUCAGCUUUGAAUUCUGCAACCUUUUCAUUAGAUCUCAGUAGUGAUUGGCAAGAUCGGACAGAACGUGGAAAUCCUGAAGCAAGAACAGAAUAUUCAAGUCCAGAAGCGCAGUUGAAAAUAGAUAAAGUACAUGGAAGUACACCGCUUGAGUAUGACGCUGUUGUAAGGAAGACUGAGUUAAUGACCCCUGUUAAACAGACUAUAAAUGAUUCUAUCAGGGGCUCCCUCCUGUUCAACAGCGAUUGUGACUCUGAGUGGCAAGUAUGUCUGUUAAAGAGUGGUCGACCGCAUCCAGAAGGUCAUAUGGGCGUGACGCUCGUAUCUGAUUUGGACGAUUUCGAGCAUUCCAGUGAAGGAAAGCGCACCUUAAGCCAGACUUCUGAAAGCAAUCAGGCUAAUUUAGGUGUUCCCAAAUCAAGAGAAGUUUCUCUUAACAAUCUGAGAGGAAAAAUUGCAAGGCACGAUUCUUUUGAAAGGCCAAGGCAAAACUCCCCAAUUACUACUGAAAACUGGAGUAUAGAUCGAGGUGUUGAGCUAAAUGCGGCCAACAACAGUGAUGGUGUAGAUCUCAAUGAAAAUGAUAGCAUUUCUAAAGGUGCUGGCGACUUCGCUGCUAAGGCCACCCGGAAAGAAAGUGGCUCUCCAGCUUUUUCAGGUGGAACCACAGAAGUGAGUAUGGAUACAGAUGAUACCUGGAAGGGAGAUGGUGUGAGUUAUCAGAGAGACGAAAUGGAUAUCGCCAGCCCAGAACCUAACAGGACACCAGGUAUUGGUUUGGAAGCAAAUGAGGAGACCGCUUAUGUGAAAAGUGCUGAAAAUGAUAUGGAAAUUGCAAAGCAACCAUGCAAGAGAAAGGAUUUCCCUUCGUUUCUUGAUUCACAAAACGAAACCAAGAGAAAGGCGGCCAAGGAAGACAAACGUGAAACAGGGUACUCCAAGAAAAUAAAGCGUCUUUCAGAAACUUAUACUGAGGGAGACGAACUUCUUCCGACGAUAAAAAGUGAAUUCUCUUUGAAACCUUUCAGUUCGACUGUACAAUGUUUAGAACGAAACUCAACUGAAAGACCUGAAGAACACCGGACAACAACCUUUGGAUAUCCAAGAAGUUUGUACCAAGAAACGGCUUGUGGGGAGAAAGCUUCCAAAAGAUAUUUCCACACAGAGCAAGAUCAGGGAAGGGCGAACUCUUCGACAGAAGAUGUUAGCCGAGAAACAUUUGUGAGAAGCGACCAUUUCAGUACUUCGUAUCCUUCGCAAACGACUAGCAGUCAAGGAACGUUGAAAUCCACUUCACUUCUGGAAUCGACGACAGAUCGGGCCCUUGCCUUAGCAGACCAUGACGACAAAAGUAUCUCUCUUAGUCCAGAGUUGGAGAAUGAUUUUGCGUCAACACAUGGGAUAUCGAGGGAAGAAAUACGGGAACCUCAGGGUUCCUUUACAGCUCAUUCUUCAGAAGAUGGUGCCAAAAUGUUUGAGCUGAUGUUGGAACGAAGUGCACAGAAGAGAUUGACCGAAGAAAUGCCGCAAUCCAGUUCAAGCACUCAUCCGAAGUCUUCGAUUCAGCCUUCUAUGGAAAGUGUCACCACCUCAGUGCUAGAGUUGGAGGGGAAGAGCCAAAGGAGACUUCUAGGAGAAAUCCCAGAUAUCAGUUCUCGUAGUUCUUUGAUAGCCCCUUUGGAGACUAUUGCGUCUUCAGGACCAAAGGUGGAAGGCAGUGGACAGAAGAUAUUAAUAGAAAAGAGUUCGGAAAUCAGUUCCAGAGAACAAGAGAGUUUCUUGGCAGAUCCUUCUUGUAUAGAGAGAGGCACAUCUCCAAAACCAGAGAUAAAAGGCAAUGAACAAAGGAAAGCGACGGAUCCAAUCCCACAAAUUAGUUCUAAUGGUCAUCCGACCUCCUUAACCGCGCCAUCUUCUGAGGAAAGUGUCACAUCUUCAAAGCGAAAGUUUGAAGCCAGUGGACAUUCAGUGAUGACUCCUGAAAUGCCAAAAACAGUUUCCAGCUAUUUUCAGAGUUCCCCGACCGCGCCCUCUUUUAUUGAAACGUCCACAUUUUCAGAACCAAAGUUGGAAGGAAGAGAGAUUAGUAGAUUGAAUGAAGAAAACCCGGGAACUAGCUCCAGAGAUGAACAAAGUUCCUCGACAACACCCUCUUUAAAAGAGAGUACCGCAACUUCAGAGCCAAAUUUUGAAGGCAAUGAAAAGUUGGUAGACACGGAAAAAAUCUCUAAAAUCAGAACUAUCGACCUUCAAAGCUGUUUUAAUGCGCCUCCCAAGGAGACCUACGCAUCAUCAAAACCAAAACUGGAAAGCAAGAUUCUAGAAAACAUUCCGACUCCGGACAACGGUGGUCGAAAUAGCGAUGGGGAUGAUUCCGAGUUUUCUGACUUUUCCAGGAAGGAAAAUAACCUUCAUGUCCCUAUCCUGCCUGGGGAUGAAGUAGUUGUGUGGGAUGACAUCGAGUCUAAAUCUUUCUCCACAGGCCAUUCGUUAAUCUUAAACAAUGACUAUGAAGUUCCAGAUGCUGAUAAAGAUGCUGAGAAGACGCUACGAUCUCUCAAUACGCUCACAGACGCUGUCCUCAAGGAGGAUGAUAAUAGGAAAAACCUAACAUCGUCAACAGGAAUUCCCACUUGGACAGAAACUUCACGACUAGAGAAGAUCGUUAACACGCCGUACAGAUACCCUAACGAUGAAUCAAGAGCUAAUAGCUCUUCUGAAGAAUUUGGCGGCUACGUUGAGCGAGAUGCAGAUUCCUUAGAUCCUAAAAGUGAUCACGAAGACAGAGAAUUUAGCAAUAAGGAGCUAUGCGUAGUGGAGAAUGUUUGUUAUGUAGCUUCUACCGACAACGAUUGUCAGUGGGAAGACGGAUCUCAAAGCGUGAAGCUUGACGGUGAUCUUUUGGUCGAAAGAAAUGCCUUUUUCUCCGAACAGGAGAUGGGUUCAAGUCCCUCCGAAUCCCUAGAAAUUAGAAAGACAGAUGACGGUUUAGUCUGCGACGAGGAAAUGAGAGGCAAUGAGGUAAACGAGAUUUCUUGUACCUAUGACAUGGAUGAAUACUCUUCUGAAGAUCAGGUGAUCGAAGUCUAUGGAAACGAUGCACCGUACUCGACGUAUCCUGAAAACAGUUACUCAAGUGCAGGAGAUAUUAACAUGAAAACUGACAGUGACGCCCUUGCAUAUGUAGGAAGCAAGGUUGUGAGUGAGGAAAUCCGUGAACCAGCUGAAACGAGAAAAAUUCACCUGGUGCAACCAGCAGACGGAUUAAGUGGACGCUCGUCAUAUGGUUCUGAUCACACUGAAUCACCGAAGGAAAAUGAAAGUUUUUGUGAAACAGAGGCCAAUUUUGGGAUAAAGGAAGUUUGUCAUCAAAGACUUUUAACCGUUUCAGCUACAUUCCCAUAUUCUAACUCAGAAGAAAAUUUCAAAAUUGCUCCAUUAUAUGAACACUAUACCGACUAUUCAGCCGUGCAGGGUCUUGACAAGCAAUGCCAAGUAGAAAUCCUACAGGAUAAUUUCCGGAAGUACGAAUCAAGGGAAAGUCAGACUUCUUUUUUGAACGGUGCUACAGAUACGGGAUGUCAAACAAAUAAGGUCAGCGACUUACCUAAUCUUAGAGGCACAUUGAAAAACCAAAGUAUCCAAUGUCAAACGGAGUUACCUACCAUUUGCUGCGUCAGGUGUGGAGGCCCUGUAGAUUUAUUCGAAAUUCACGAUAAGCUACCAGAGGAAUGCCGAUACACUGAGAGAGAAUCCCAGACAAUCUCUGGAUAUGGGCAUAUUUCGACAUCAUCGAAGGAAUGUCAGACAAGUCCUGCAAGAGAUGAUUUUGCACAAUUAUCACUUCUUCAAAGCAGUGCUAAGAUUAUUGGGAGUAAAGCAGUUGAAGAUAUUUCCUUUGAAAGCAAGGGAUGUCAAACGUCUCAGAAGAGCCUUCUGUUAAUCACUGGCGGAGCGCAGGCCCCUCAGGGAUGGACAUCAUAUCACAAGGCUGGCGUUUCGGACAAAGAAAUCCAAACAUCAUCUAAUGUUGUGCUCGUUUCAUCACCAGCCCAGUGCGACAUACUUCCCUUCACUGAUGUUGGUGACGUAGCUACACGAGAAAACGAAACAUCCCGGAUUGUUUCCUUCGAUACAAAAGAGUGUCAAACAGUGCGUGACCUUGAACUUCUUUUGGCGACGUCCAAACAUUGUCAGACCUUUUCUUUCGAAACUAUAAGCGCUGGGAACGGAAAUAGACCAACACUCGACAGCAAAGGAUGCCAAACUCUCCCCGCCAGUCAAACCGAGUCAAAGGAAUGCCAGACAGUGGAGGAAGUUAUAUGGGAUACAACUGAUGCUGCUAAAAGUUCUAAGGAUGAUCAAAGCGUUAGUAAUAUCAGCGUACAGUGCCAAACAAUAUCUGACUCAACAAAUGAACUAUAUCAUCCAUUGUGGGACCGUUUCGAUUCGAUGGAAGUGGGUGGCGAGGAUGCUAGAAAUAAGUCCUCUGACCCUCUUCAUCGAAAUGCGCUUACCAUAAGUUGUGAAAACAAAGGAAGUCAAACAAAGCCUGAGAGAGAUAUCCUCCUUACAUCUUCAAAACUCUGCCAGACGACAAUUUUAGACACGGCUAUGGCCUGUGAGAACAAAGAAAGCCAGACGCAACUGGAUGACGAAAUCUUCUUAAUUUUGUCAAAAGCAUGCCAAACAAUACCAUACGGUUUGGACGAUACGGAUUCCAAGUCUUCCAUUGAUGGGCCUAUUGGUUCUCAAGACUUUGAAUUAUCUCUUGCUGAAGGCAGCGACCAGCAAUUAGAGAUCUCCAGUCCGCCAAACCAGAUGGCGUCUCGCCAUCGUCCAGCCACCUAUGGCAAGAGCCCCGACACUAUUGAGGAAUCCGUCAUGGGAUUUCAAUUCUUCCAUGGAAUGGACGAAACAAACCUUUGCAAAAAUAACGGUUUGGAACCACUUUCGCCAGUAAGCUCUUCUGUAGUUGUGGAAAUCUUAGACAAAGGCUGUCAAGCCAUGUUGUGCGAUUGUGGAAACUGCGCUGAACAACAUGCGCACUUGAGCAAUUCUGCUGAAAUGUCAAGUGAUGCUGAGAAAGGGGCGGCUAUGCGAGUGUCAGAAGGUAUGCAAAAGGAACAAGCAAGUCUCAUUAAGCAGCUGGAUAUGCUCAGGGAUAUGAAUCAGAAGCUCAGAGAUGACAAGGAUGCAAUCGAGGCUGCACAUCAAGCGAUGUUAAUGGCUAAAAAGGAAAGAGGAUAUGGCAGUCUCAGUGAUGAGAUUGAAGAAGCCGAGAAAAAGACCAAAGUUUCUCGGCAAGGUUCCCAGAUGUCCAAGUACGUGAGAAAGAGACGUACCCCUGGUGCGGAGGAAACAUGGGGAAACCAAGGUUCCGUGGGAUCGUUAAGUGAAGAGGAAGUAGACGGGCCUAACAUAAGUGACUCCGCACGACCUCCCGCAAGAAGGCGAUCUAAACGGCGCGACAUGAAGAAACAGGGCUCUGUUUUGCAUUCGUAUUUCCCAAAUGCUGGUACUGGUAAGCAAAGCUCUGCGUCCCUUCCUGACUCCAUACGAGAAGAGGCUGAAUUUGAAGGAGAUCCGACUCUUGAACUCAUCUCAGAUGAGAAGCUGCAAGAGGAAGAGCGGCCGGCUUGGGCCCAAAAGAUACUGUCUUGUGUGCAACCUAAAGAGCCUGUAGAAGAAGAGGGGGAAGAUUCACAGAUGAGGACAAGCGACGAAGAACUCGAAGAAGACGUGUUCAGAACAAGAAAAGCUGAUUUGAUAUCUGGUGAUGGCACCAACAGGUUAAAAACAGGGAAAGAUGACUCCGACAUGUCAUAUUCUGAGGGAUUGAGCGGGGAAACUGGCAGUGAGACAGACGAGAGACCAAACUCCCCACGCGCAGCGCCUGUCGGGAAGGACAAUGAAAUGAAUCGAGUAGGAUCACAGGACAUGAGCGAAGCAGGUGUGUCAACGAUUAGUGAGCCCUCCACACCAGAAAGAGUUUUCAAAGUGGUGUUUGUUGGCGACUCUGGUGUAGGAAAGUCUAGUUUCAUCCACCGGUUUUGCCAUGACGCUUGGAGACCUUCAUUCACUGCAACGAUAGGGGUUGACUUCCAAAUUAAAACGAUGUGUAUAGAUGGCAGAUGUUUUGCACUGCAGCUCUGGGACACUGCUGGCCAGGAGAGAUUUCGAAGCAUCACAAAACAAUACUUCAGGAAGGCAGACGGAGUAAUUGUAUUUUAUGACAUCACCAUGGAGACAUCAUAUCUAAACAUAAAAAACUGGAUGAUAAGCGUGGAGGAAGGAACGGAUGACGGCACAGCUAUCAUGAUUGUUGGUAACAAGACUGAUCUGGUAGAGGAUGACAGCCACCGAGCAGUGCAGAGUCAGGAAGGAAAGAAAUUGGCUGAGGAAUACAAAGCCUUGUACACUGAAACGAGCGCAAAAACGGGGUACAACAUAACGGAAUCAAUGGCGGAAUUUUCCAAAAUGCUGCAAGUGAGGGAAGACGAAUUAAUGCAGAGCGUUUUGAAUCUCGUGCAAGAAAAACCUGGCAAGAAGAAAUGCUGUAAAUAAUAGUUGUUGGUGUCGUAUCGUCAGAUAUUAGGAUCUUCGAUUGUAGCUACGAUGAGACAAAAUCCAAGAUGAAGUCAAAUCCUGGUCUCUUGCUGGAGUGUACAAACGAUGACUACCUGAUUAUUUUUCAGUCACACAGGGGCAUAUGAUCGAAUUGGAUCCAAGUUCGGUCUUGGAAAAGCUGCGGCGGAGAUAAUUGACUGCACUGAGAGGAAGGACAUUGUGAAUCGUUAUAAGAUGCCAAAGUACUUGGUUAGAUUUGUGAUAACAUUCUGAAUCAAAAGUAAUUUUGCCUUCUUUCAAGGACAAUUUUCCUACACUAAGUCAGCUUUUCGUCCUACGUAGCUCUCAAUAUGUACAAAAACGAUAAAAAAGUGACCGUCUCGAUGACGGAAACCAAAAAAAAAUUUUGGAAAUUUGGUGUCAAACAACGGAAAAAAGGCUAAUGUUUUAUUUAUCCAAUGACUCUUAUUAUUUAUAGUGUAACUUGAUAAAAGCGUUCGUAGAGGAAUAAACUAAACAAGUAUAAGAGGCCGGUAAUGACGGUGUGCGUUUGUAUUUGUUAAGACGACUGUUGAAGUUUCGUUCGUUGAUCGUUGUAUGACGAUCUUAUCUCUUAACGGUCUUAGACUUCCCUAAAAACAAUCUCUGUCUGGCCCGCUAAAGGUCAUGCGGUGUCACUCAAGUUGCCGUGGAAAAAACGAAGUCUAUUCAUGUUUAAUUUAUGUUUUAAAUUACCUUCUCGUGAGAGCGCUCUUCGAAUGAGUGUUGUGAAGCCAAAACCAAAGUAAUCACAACGGCCAAUCAGAAGAAAGAGAAAUACUUUGGAGAGCCAAUGAGAAUUCAAAGUAAAACCAAACGCGGGCAGCUGUGAUUGGUUUUCGUUUUCCGUCGUUUUGAUUGGUUGAGAGUAGUGUAGAUUUUUUUUUUUUUUUUUAACCAAUCUCAGAGGGAAAUCAAGCAAAACUAAUGCAAACCCACGUUACUAUCAACCUUCAAGUGAAAACUACACUAAUGUAGCAAGUAUGGAGCUGUUGCAUGUCUGAUGAAGUAACAAAAUUGUACAGAUUUUCGGCAGUACAUCGUCUUGUUUGAGACGUUUCAGGACAUAUUUUGCAUUUUGCAAGGGUGAAACCCAUGUCAUUAAAUUAUUUAAAUCUCAGUUUAAGAGCGCUUUUCUUUUUCUAAGGGACAGUCAAGUGAGGUGUUGUUGGUUUUUGGAAAAAAAAUUAGGUUUCAGUUUAGUUGGUUUUAAGUCAAAGGAUUUGAAUAGAGAGAUACAUUGUUGCAAUAUCUUCCAGUGUUGCAUUCUGCUGGUAUAAAUUAUUCCGUAGGGGUGUAUCCUCGAUGGGGAACUUCAGUAAGAAUGCAAUAAAGAGUAUUUUAAAUUAA